AUGGCGCCCUCACGAGAACCAAAUCUACUCCGCCCAUACUACAUUCCGCCAUCCGUUGGACCAUCGCCCUCACUAUCUACGGCCCAAGGAGCAACACGAACGAGCGCCACGAAUGCUUCAAUCCGGCAGCCGUCAUCGUUUUCGAACUCCGCGCGGGAUUACUUGCCAGAAAUCGAUAUCGAUCUCAAGUCCACAACAAGCGAGGCAUGGUCGCACACUCGGAGCUUGUUUGACACCUUGGCAUGGAGAUAUACGUCUGUGAUUCUGGCCCAACCCUUUGACGUGGCCAAGACUGUGUUGCAGGUCUCACUGCCACCUUCUGCAGCCACUGCGACGCCUCCGAAGAAGCGCAAAGGUCAAAGCACUGGAUAUGGAAGCAGCUCAAGAGGCAGGAGCGGGCGACGAGAGUUCUCCGAGGAUUCUGACGACAGCGACGAUAGCGACGAUAGCGAUCGAACCGAUGACAUCCCAGACUAUUUCUCAGCAACGGCGCCACGAAGUCGAUCACCUCGCAAACGAAAGAAGACUCCGCCGAGCGCCGACCUUUCUCAGUCACCUACGCCCAGGCCCAGGAACAGGCGAGAGCAGGACGGCGAUGAGUACAGGGUCAACAUUAAAAAGCCGGAAAGUGUGAUGCAUGCAGUUUCGGCUUUGUACAAUACGUCUGGAGCAGUUGGUCUUUGGCGCGCGAGCAACACCACAUUCUUAUAUUCGAUCCUUUUGAGGACCACCGACUCUUUCAUCAGAAGUCUAUUGCUUGCCAUAUUAGGCUUGCCCGAACUCUCGGGGCCUGAUCAAGCCGGACUUGCUCCAGGGCUUAGCAUGUCUGGCGCUGCGGGCUUCAGCGGAAUCGACCUCAGCGACAGUCCAAAUGCCAUCGGCUCCCUGAUCGUACUUGGGGUAUCGAGCUGUCUGACUGGAUUGCUCCUUGCUCCACUCGAUCUUGUCAGGACACGGUUAAUAGUCACACCCGUCUCGCACGGCAAGCGAGGACUCGUGUCAAAUCUCAAGCGACUACCCUCAUUCGUCGCGCCAUCUGACAUGUGGUUGCCGACUGCACUCUAUCACGCGAUACCAAACAUUUUCUCGGCUGCCACCCCACUGUAUCUUCGGCGACAAUUGCGCAUAACACCUGAGCUUACGCCUUCAUUAUGGUCUCUUGCUUCUUUUGCUACCACGCUUACCGAGCUAUUUAUCCGCUUACCUCUGGAAACCGUCGCACGAAGAGCUCAGGUAGCAUCGAUCAAGCAAUCCGAGCCAGACGUGCCGCUCAUUGUCGAGCCAGCGCCUUACAGUGGUGUGUGGGGCACUGUCUAUGGUAUCAUGUACGCUGAAGGCGAAACGACUACGAAGAGUGCAAAUGGCAUGCUUCGAACACGAAGAGGUCAAGGAGUGUCAGGCCUCGUCCGCGGCUGGCGUAUCGGCUUCUGGGGUCUCGUUGGCGUAUGGGGUGCUGGAGCAUUGGGU